UUUUUUUUUAUCUGCCUCUCGAUCAAUCUAGUUCUUCACCUUGAAUUUCUCUCUGAGAUUCUGCCUUAGAUCGAUUCUAUUCUUUUGCUUCCUAUUUUCCCUUUCCUUUCCUAUCAUGAGUCGAAAAGAAGGUUCCGGCGAAGUUCAGAUCUCAGCCUCCGGUGCCCGUAUUAUGAAGGUCAAACGGGAAGCUGGUGAGAAGAUGACGGAAGCCAAGAAGAAAAAGAGCAAAGACUCGAUCGGAGCACGAGUUAAGAGGAUGAAGAAGAAAGGCGGCAAGAGCACCUCCUCCGGUCCUCACUUCCCUUCCCUCUUGAAGGGUCAGGACGUUGUCAAUCUUGCCGUUCAGGCUCACGGCACGAGCGAUCUAGUUAGAGCUUGAGCUGAAAACGAAAAACCCCGAGACCGCUCCGGAGGGUUGGUUCUGCGUUCACGAAAAAUAUAUAUCCAAGUGCCACCUUAGGUUUCCUCUUCCCACCCUUUUGCUGGAUCUCUUAGAUCACUACCAGCUAGCUCUUCCUCAACUUUGCCCAUCGGUCAUCCGAGUGAUAAACGGGUUCAUCACUAGAGCCAAGGAGGAAGGAGUUGUCGUUGGGCUAUCUGAGUUAAUGAGUCUCUUCUCGAUAAAGGAGAGUACUUCCAAGGAUGGCGGGAGCGGUACCUACUAUCUCCCCUGUCGUCCAGGGCUAGGCAUUUUCAAGUUCUCGGCCAGUGAUGAUGAAUGGCGCAAGAAGUAUUUUUAUGUCAAGAUUGACCCUUCGACGGUUCCUGUAGGCCGUGACCUCAGGAAAUCAUGGUCUGAUAUUUCCGGUUAGGAUUUUAGGGAUAUGUUCAUAUGUUUGCCUUUGUUUGUCAUGUUACGCUAAUUGUCUUUUGACUCCUUUUGCAGAAAUCAAAGAUCCUGUCAAGUUAUCUAGCAAACUCACCAGAGCUCUCUACAGGAAGCUACAGCAUAGCCCUAACACUUGGGUAGCUUACACUACUUCGAGAGUUGGAUCAGCUAGGUUCCAUGAACGAUACCAGGCGUCCUUUCCUGAUUCAGUGACAGUUGCUGGUUUAGAAGGUAUCUUUUUAUUCGCAAUUCAUGAUUUUUACUAUCCGAAUUAGUCUUAUGCGACUAAUGGAUCUUUUUCAUGUCUUAGUCUCUGAAGGUGAUUCCAUUUUCGAAGUUUCCUCCGGAGCAAGUACUUCUUCGAAGACUCAAUCACAGAAGAUGCCAAUUCAACCUUCCUUCCGUUCCAGGGGUAGAUCGACCAAGGCUGCCAGCUCCUCUAGAGGGAGUGAUAAGAACCAAGGAGGAUCCUUCCUUGACUCUGUGAAGGAGGUUCUUGAUGAAGGAGGUUCUGCUCCUGCUAAAGGUGUUGGCUCUUCGGAGCCUAAGGUUCAGGAAGUUGGCCUUCCCUCCGAGGUCCCGAUGACUGAAGCUGAUCCUCAAAUAGUGAGGGAUCCUCCGGAGUCUGAGCCCCCGAGGAAUAAGAGGUCUCGAACUGACCAGGUUGAUAGGCCUUCGAGGUCUUCCUCCUCCUCCUCUAGAGGAGGGACCGUUGGCUGGAACUUUGCUCAUUCGAAACCUGGAUCGGUUUUGGACGAUCCGUGGGGUUUGGCUACUCUGAUGAGGCACAUGAAGAGUCCCGGGUGUUCCCUCCCUUCGAUCUCCAAUCUCACGCACAAGGAUGAGUACGUCGAUAUUGCUCAUCACAUGGGUCAGCUGGCUGGUGCUAUUAACAGAGCUCAGUUCAAGUUUGAGGACGCUGUACACAAUGCCCCUAGUGCUGAGGAAUUAGCCCAGGUCACUGAGUUGGUCAAGGCCAACAAGACUGAGCUCAACCAGACUCGGGCUCUGAUCUCGGAUCUCCAAGCCGAGGUGAAGAGACUUGGCUCUAAGUGUGAUGCUCAGCAAGGGACGAUCGAGAGCCAGCUGAUUGACCUCCAGGUGAAGAAUAGGAAGAUUGGGGAGUUGGAUGCUGCUCGGAAGAUAGCCGAGUAUCAAGUCAAGGAGCUGAUUUCCACAUCACAGAACAGCCAGAAGAACAAGGAGGCUGAGGUCAGGCUAGCCGUCCGAAGAGGAAAGAAAGAGGUAGCCGAAGCCUACAACAAGAUUCUGGUUAUUGUCAAGGAGAAGUUCUCCAAGAAGAAGGACGAAGUCGACCUCCUGGUUCAUGCCCAAGAGAUUCAAGCCAACACCGAGCUCCUGAAAGACAUACUGGAUGGCGAGAUUAAGAGUGCUCAAGACGAGUAUGAUCACUUGGUAGCCAUAAUGCCGGAAGCUGUUGCAGCGUACGAGAAGGCUCAGGUCUCGGAUUUCUCGAUCGGCAAGCUCCCUCUUCCCCAACUCUCUGAGAGCUCAGGUACUUUUGAGGUCAAUAUGUUUAAUCUCUUCCUUUCUGGAGAGUUUGGUUCUAAUUUGGGAUUGGUGGGUUCUUACUCAGCCCCAGUCGAAACCGCCUCUGGAGGUAACGACAAGGAGAUGGAGGAGGAGGUUCCUGAGGAGGAAGAUCCAGUUGGUAAGGGAGCUGAGAAGAGCUCGGAUGACAAGGAAGUUUAAGAGUUGAGGCUCUUUCAUGUUUUCUAGGAUUUCUGCCCGAUGGGCUUUGUUUCAUUUGUUUUCAAGACUUAUAGCCUGAGGAGGCUUUUAAACUUUUAUCUAUUUUGCAUUUCGGAUCUUUGUUAGCCUGGGGAGGCUUUUAAACCUUUGUUUAAUUUCAAACUUGGUUUUCUUUUCGUUUUGAGUUUUUAGCUUUAUUCGUGAAAUAUGACAACUUGAUCAUAAUCGAAUCUUGUGAUAAGUCUGGAAGACUUUGGUCGUUUUUAGUUCGUUAAGAGGAAUUCUUGGAGUAUCGGGACUAGCUUAGGAUUUUUAGGGACCUAAGUUUAACCUGGACACCUUAGGUGGGGGUUCUUGGAAACCUGAACUUGUUUGUGGGAUUUUAAGACCCGUUGAAGUUUGCUUAGGAUUUUAAGACCUUUAUGAUUUGAUGAGGAUUUUAAGACCUCGAAGAUUUGAUAAGGAUUUUAAGACCUUGGAGAAUUUGACAAGGAUUUUAAGACCUUGGAGAUUUGGUAAGGAUUUUAAGACCUUAGAUCCAGGUUCGUCGAGACCUGAUACUGUCUGAAGGAUUUUAAGACCUUUAGGUUCAGGUUCGUCGAGACCUGAUAUUGCUUUGAAGGAUUUUAAGACCUUUAGGAUUGUUAAGGAUUUUAAGACCUUAGGUCCAGGUUCGUCGAGACCUGAUAUUGUCUGAAGGAUUUUAAGACCUUAGGUUCAGGUUCGUCGAGACCUGAUAUUGCUUUGAAGGAUUUUAAGACCUUUAGGAUUGUUAAGGAUUUUAAGACCUUAGGUUCAGGUUCGCAGGGACCUGUUUUGUUAAAGAAUUGAGAUAACGAGAAUAAUUUCUUUAUUGAUAAUUAGAUACAUGGUA